AGUAGUAGACGGAAGAAGCAGAACGAAAAACGAUUUGCGGACGGCGAAGACGGCGACUCGAACCCCUUCGUCACUCGCGGAGUAAACAAAAAACUUUAGUUUGAGAUUAAUUUUAAUGAGAUUAAAACCCUAAAUUCUUAAGGCAUUUAAAUGCAAACGCAUUUGCGGCAAAGUGCAUUAGUCAAUAAAAGUGUGUGCCAUAAAACUGUUUAACGAAAGCAACAGCGGCCAAUAAAAUAGCUGCAGUAACUGGAAAGAAAAAAAUCGCGAAUACACAUUGCAUAUUGGGCCAGAAAUAAACGCAUAGUCUGCUGUUGUCUGAUUUAUUGUUGUUGUUGUUGUAAUACCUGGCCUGCAUGACUAAUGAAAAGAGCUUAGGCUGCGUUAAAUUAAGGCUAAUAAUAAUAUACGGUCGAGGCUCACUGGCUCACCCAAGGCAACUGCAAUUCUUUUUGGACAACAACAGCAAUAAUAAGAAUAACUACAAAUCAUUGUCGUAAUUUCUGUUUGGAUUGUCAACAAAACGUAAAUUAAUUAUGUGCAAACACUAAAAAUAAACUCAAUAAAGGCAAAUAGACCCGUGUGGCUUUGCCCAUCUAGUAAUUAUGCUUGACCCUGGUCCAACAAUAGCCACAGCUAAAGCAUUAGCCAUCGUCCCAUCGCCAACGCCAACUUUGUCGCUGUCUUCAGGCUGACCGACGAAGCUGAUUGCGUCGCUGUCGUCGCCUCAGUCGCUGCUUCAAUUAACAAAUUUACUCGCCAAGUUGACGUCGACGUCGCGACUAAGCUGCAGUCGCUCCAAGUACGCCGUCCAAGGCAUGUCAAGUGCUUUCUAACUGAUAUAUAUCUAAAAACUAUAUCUAAAACUAGUACUAAAUACGAAUACUGAAGGAUCAAAGAUUGCGGACUUGUAGAACUGGACAACCCCAAAGAUAAUAAUGGUGGCUGUUGGCAGUUUACAUAAUACGCGCAUUCUGCGCUUCUUUUUAGUUUUGAUUGUCGUCUUACUCACAAUUUUCAUAUAUGCGUCGUACUCGACAACGGCGACCUUGACUCCAACGCAUAUGCAUUCGCUGUCGGCGGCACUGGCGGCGCCAACGCCACAACAGCUAACGGGACACCAGCAGCAGCAGUCGGAACAGCUGCCUGCUAUGGUUGCCCUAAACAAUACAGGUGAAUUCGGUCUGUCGCCGGGCGAGGAGCUGCUGCAGCCCAGCAGCAGCAGCAGCAAUGGUAAUAAUCGAGUCAAGCAAUUGGAGCCGCUGCACAACAACAAGAAGCAGACACAUCGUUUGCCCACCAUCGAUGAGGAUGCGUUGCGUGAUGGGGGCGCUGCUGGCGCCAGUCCCAUGGCCGCUGGCAGCGACCAGUCGCCCAAUCUUCUGGCCGAUGAUCCCGAGGAGCAGCAAUAUGUGCAGAAUAUUGAUGGAAUUUCAGGCAGCAUCAAUAGCAACAACAAUAGCGAAUCGGUGCUGAGUGCUAGACAAGCAGCAGUUGCUGCCGUAAGUCAACAACAACAGCAAGAACAACAACAGCAGCAGCAGCAACAGAUGCCAUCGGAUGCCGAUACUCUGAUGAUACCCACUUCCAAUUUGCAAAAGUUUAUUGAGAAUGCCGAUAAGAUAUUGAAGAACAUGACAUCAAACAGCAGCAACCCAGCUGCAAUAGCAGCGGGAGGAGGAGUAGGCGCAGCAGUCGGAGGAGGAGCUGCGACUGGUGUCUUGUUGCCUAACGAACAACACACGGAUAAAACCAAUCAGCCCGGUUUGAUGGAGGACGUGCCAAUUAAUUUGCUGGAUAAUAAUAGCAAUAAAAAUAACAAUGGAGCUGGUUCCUAUGCUGUGAUGCCAGUGAAAAUGCCGGCCGAAGAAAAUGAGAAACCACAAUCGCCGCCAGCAGCAAAAGUGCCAAAGGCCAAGAGCACAAACAAAGCGACGAGUUUGGAUCCAUCCAAGGGCAUUGCAGCGGAACAAAUCUACGAGAGUGGUCAUCUCAAUGAUGAGAUCAGCAUCGAGCGGAUUUGCCCGGCGAAUGGUUUGAGCACAAGACUGCUAAUAUUGAUCACAUCGGCGCAGACGCAUGCUGAUGCCCGAAUGUCGAUCCGUCAGACAUGGGGACAUUAUGGGACACGACGGGAUAUUAGCAUGGCCUUUGUUUUGGGUCGCGGCACCAAUGAGACGGUGAAUGAGGCACUUUCGCAGGAGAACUUCAUGUAUGGCGAUCUGAUAAGGGGCAACUUUAUUGAUUCGUAUAAUAAUCUAACGCUAAAGACAAUCUCAUCGCUGGAAUGGAUUGAUCAGCAUUGUCCGCGUGCCCAGUAUAUACUCAAGACGGACGACGAUAUGUUCAUCAAUGUGCCGAAACUGCUAAAAUUUCUGGAUAAACGCAAGGAGAAGCGAGCCAUCUACGGACGAUUGGCAAAAAAAUGGAAACCCGUACGCAAUAAGAAAUCGAAAUAUUAUGUUGCAACGGAUCAGUUCCCGGCAGCAGUGUUUCCAUCGUUUACAACGGGACCCGCCUACGUCAUGACCGGCUCCAUUGUCCAUGAUCUGUAUGUGCGUUCGUUGACGACGGUCUAUCUGAAGCUGGAGGAUGUCUUCGCCACGGGCAUUGUGGCCCAGAGCCUAGGCAUUGAGCGGCUGCAUGUAAAUGAGUUUGUGAAUCGACGCAUCUCGUUCAAUCCCUGUAAUAUACGAAAUGCGAUCAGUGUGCACAUGAUCAAAUCGAACGAACAGUUUGAUCUGUGGAAGAAGCUGCUGGAUCAGACCACUAAAUGUAAAUAGUAUUUUAGGUUUAAGUUGUGAAUUUAAUUUAAUCUCGAUGUUGUUCGGGACUUUUAGCGAAAGAUUAAAACAAACAACAGGAAGCUAAUGGGCAGCUAGAAAUAUAAAUAGAAAUUUAGUUGAUAAGCAUUAGGAUCUGUAUCUUAUAUGUCUAACUACUCAAGAGUUACACACACAUCCACUACUAUUACAAUGUACUAAAAUCGUACUCAUAUGAUUUUUUAAUUAUGUUUUUGUAGUCUAAUUUUAGCAUUAUAAAUGCCAUUAAUUAUCUGAUAAUUAGCUAUAACUCUGGUUAUAAGUAUGUUAAAUACACAAUCACACAAACACAACAUACACAUGUCUUUAGACGCAUAAUGCGUCCGAAACAAACGAAACAGUCUCAAAGAAAACUAUGGUCUUAUUGUGGUCAUCAAAUAAUCUGUGUUUUUUUUCGAAAAAUAUAAAAAAGAUAGCUCUUUUAAGAAUACAAA